AAUCAUUAUUUACCUAUUUGAAGUGAAGCUCUCACUCUCUCUCUCACUCUCUCCCUCUCAAAGUUUAUUGCUUUUAUCUUGGCUUAAAAGAGCUUCCAUUUUUUUAGCCCUUCCCCCAUUUUAUUGUUGCCUUUUCAUCAAUUAUUAGUAGUGUCAUUGAUUUUGUUUCACUAAAAGCCUCAAGCUUUACACCCAAUUCAUUCUCUCUCUCUCUCGUCUCUCACUCUCUCUCUAUUUGUCUUUACCGUCCCGUUCAGACUCUCUCUCUACUUUAUUCUUCGAGCGUUUCAUUUUUUUUCUUUCAUUUGUUUCUCUUUUACAAAAGAAAAACAAGUGGGGAAAGAGGGGUUUGUAGCUUAAGAGAAGAAUCAUUUGAGCUUCAGAUCUGGGUUAAACUGAGCUUGUUUCAGAGAAUGAAGACACACCUAAAAGUCUCUUCGUGGAUUCUUUCUCUCUCAUUGACUUGAGAAGAAGAAGAAGAAAAACCCGUUUCCCGUUUUUUCUCUUUUCUUUCUUCUUUGGGUUUUUUUCAGACUUUAUUUAUUUGACCUCUGGUUCUUUGAGUCUUUACAUUUCUUGUUGGUUUAGAGAGAGAAAGAAAGAGAGAGAUCUGUGGAAAAAUGUUGGCUAUAGGAACUCCUAACAUCGGUGUCCAUACGAAUACUACUUGCAAUGCUUUGCUCAGAGAGCUUCAGCAAAUAUGGAAUGACAUUGGUGAGACUGCAGCAGACCAAGAUCGUAUGCUACUGGAGUUGGAGAGAGAAUGCUUAGAAGUUUACCGGCGGAAGGUUGACGAAGCUGCCAAUGCCAAGGCACGCCUUCAUCAAUCCGUUGCUGCCAAGGAAGCUGAGUUUGCAACUCUAAUGGCUGCUCUUGGAGAACUCAACAUUCAUUCGCCAAUUCAGACAGAUAAGCGGUCCAAAUCAUUAAAAGAAAAACUUGCGUCUGUGGCACCACUGGUAGAAGAUCUAAAACUGAAGAGAGAGGAAAGGGUGAAACAAUUUGCAGAUAUAAAUGCACAAAUCGAGAAGAUCAGUGGAGAGAUUUCUGGAUACAGCCAUCUUGACAAUGUGGCAAUUGGUUCAUUAACUCUCGGUGAACAGGAUUUAUCCCUAAGAAAGCUAACUGAAUUCCAAACUCAUCUUCGCACUCUUCAAAAGGAAAAGUCGGAUCGACUUCACAAGGUUUUGGAAUAUGUCAACGAGGUCCACUCUCUCUGUGGUGUGCUUGGCUUGGAUUUUGGCCAAACUGUGAGUGAAGUGCAUCCAAGCUUGCGUGGAACGAGCCUAGAGCAAUCUACAAACAUCAGUAAUAGCACAUUGGAAGGCCUGGAGAAGACCAUUCUCAAAUUGAAAACAGAAAGAAAGGCCCGGAUCCAGAAGCUGAAAGAUAUCGUAUCAUCAUUGUCUGAGCUUUGGAACUUGAUGGAUUCGUCAAGAGAAGAGAAGAACAACUUUUUGAGGAUUGCCGCUGUCCUUGGAGCUUCAGAAUCAGAAAUUACAGAACAAGGUUUUCUUUCAAUGGAGAUUAUUGAGCAGGCCUCGGCCGAGGUUGAGAGGCUAACCAAGCUGAAAGCAAGCAGAAUGAAAGAACUUGUCAUGAAGAAGAGGUCAGAAUUGGAGGAAAUAUGCAGAAUCACUCAUAUUGAACCCGACACAAGCACAUCUGUGGAGAAAUCAACUGCAAUGAUAGACUCCGGUCUAGUUGAUCCUUCCGAACUUCUUGCAAACAUAGAAGCAGAGGUUGUAAAAGCUAAGGAAGAGGCUUUAAGCAGAAAGGAAAUAAUGGAUAGGAUAGACCGGUGGCUUGCUGCCUGUGAAGAGGAAAAUUGGCUUGAAGAAUACAACCUAGAUCACAACCGAUACAAUGCUGGAAGAGGCGCUCACAUUAACCUGAAACGUGCAGAACGAGCUCGAGUGACCGUGACGAAAAUUCCAGCGAUGGUUGACAACUUGAUAAACAGAACUCUUGCAUGGGAAGAUGAAAAGAAAACGUUAUUUCUCUACGAUGGGGUGAGAUUGGUGUCCAUUUUGGAGGAUUACAAACUCAGCAGACAGCAGAAAGAAGAGGAAAAGAGAAGAUACAAGGACCAAAAGAAGCUCCAAGAUCUGCUCCUUACAGAAAAGGAAUCAAUAUAUGGAUCUAAGCCUAGUCCUAGGAAAAGUAACAGCUUUAGGAAGCCAAACGGAUACCGCGCGAAUGGGAAUGGGUCGAUGACUCCUACACCUCGUCGAAACUCAGUUGGUGCAACUCCCGAGCUCAUGACACCCCGGUCCUACUCCGGGCGCCAACAUAAUGGAUACUUCAAGGAAAUGAGAAGAUUAUCUACCGCACCAUUGAACUUUGUGGCGAUAUCAAAAGAAGAUACAAUGUCGUAUGCCUCAGUUUGUGGUUCUGAGCUCGGUUCUCCUCCGCAUGGUUGAACAUGAAAAUGAAAAAUGGAACAGGAAGCUGUUUUACAAGCUAGAGCAUAGUACACUCGGAUCAAAGCAGCAGAAACCUUGUGAAUAUGGAAGGGAACAUUGUACACUAUGAUUGUAAUUUGCUAGGAUUACAUGGGAUGUGAGAAUGGUAACUAACGAACGAUUCAGAACCAUAAAUUUGAAGUUGUCUGCUUCAAAGAAUAUUAUAUAGCCUGGGAAGGUUGGUCUCUGGUUGAUUUACUACAGUUUGGAAUUUGACUUCUGGAAGUCUUUGCAUGCCAUCAAUAUAGAGGAAACUAAUAUGAAAGGUAUUCUAUAGUCGUUCUGACCAUGUAUUUCA